ACAUUCCGAUGGUUCACAAACGUGUCGCGGAACUCCCAUUAUAAUCUAAUGAUAUAUAUUCAAGUGUUAGUGCAUUACUAGGCAGUAUUAUUUAUAUUUUAAAUAGUUUUGAUUUCCUACAAGUUAAAUCCCUUAAUAAUGUUAUAGUGUGAAAUAAUUUAUGACUCCAGUGCCGCCGUCGGAUAAGUUUGAAAUUCCAUAGCGUAGAUGGCAGCACUAAAAAUAUUUGACAUACCGCGAAUUCCAACCAUCGUGGGCUCGGCUCAAAUGUCAAACGCGACUAUUUCGUCAACAGUAUCGUGGCGCGAUAGUUGGAUUUUAUAAAAUAACAAACAAAUAACAACAGUGUGUUUAUCAAAUCAUGGAUUAAAAAAUAACUUUGUUUUAAAUAAGGUCAACUGACGUCGUACAAGGCGUAACAUAAUAGUUGCUGUGCUAUAACUUACGGAGUUUUGCAAAACGUUUCUUAUUGAUUUUCGUUCUUCAUUGGUGUUGUAUUGUUAUGAAUCUUAUGUUAUCGACUAAGUCUAGGAUUUAAAGUUUACCAAGGAGUCUAGAAUACAUCAGUGAGCAUUAACAGAAAAUUGUUUUCGUCGCAGUAAAUAAAGAUUGAACAUUUAACUUCGUUCAUCUAUUGUUUUGAACGUGGGAAAUUUUAAAUUGAAAAUGGAAAAGGUGGAAUCUGCGUUGGACGUGUUAUCGCGAGCUGCGACGAUGGUGCAACCGUGUCCCGCAUACCCGGCGAGUGAUUCAGACGGCUUCGAAACUCCGAGUACAGCCUCCAGUUGUGAGUCGGAGGGAGACCGUACCGUUUCGCCCGAGACGCCGCGCGAACAGCCUAAAGAACUUACCGGCAAAUGGCGGAGGGAGAGACGCAACCGUCUUCCCGAAUAUAGACCUAGAGACAGCUGCAAAAUGGCUCUACGAUCGCAGUCCUUCAAUGAAAAGCGUGCCACGACGAGUAUAAUCCGGACGCGGCACAGCGACGGAGAAUUCUCGGAUGAGGCAGACGACGCACCGGCGAACCUCGCACUUCUUGGAAAAGCUCCUCCCGAGUACCCGGGUAAACCGGAGGCUCCGAUAGAUAUGCGUCUGCGCAGCCGCCCAGCGCCGCCCUACACGCGCCCUAGCGUCAUUAAGACUAGCGAACCUCCGCCUGAUUCCCUAUCAAUGUGCGACACGGUAAUAGAAGAACACUUCCGCCGCUCCCUCGGCGACAAUUACAUGAAUCUCAUAAAAAAGAACACAGAUGGCGCCCAACCUGGUCCCAAACCGAACACAAAGGACCGGGCGAGCAGUCCCAUACAAUUCAAGGCGGACGAACCGAAGACGACGAAAAUAAUCGCCAUGGACGUCGACGACCCCAGCCUUUCAGUGGACGAUCACUUUGCCAAAGCGCUUGGCGACACCUGGCGGCAGUUGCAGACGAAAAAACCGGACCAAGGGGUUGACGACCACUUCAGCAAAGCCCUCGGCGAUACAUGGAAGAAAAUACAGACAAAACAUGAAGAGAAGAAAGAUCAGACGAAAAUUAUUACCAGGAGUGGAGUCGUUAUAUAAGUGUUUGUUGAUAUUUUUUUCUAACGCAAAUGCUUUGAUUUUGAUAUUUGUGUCAUUCAUAUGAGUAUAAAUGAAUUUUAGAAACAUCAUUAAUGUUAAAUUUAUGAUACUUACUUAUGUGAUGAUUAUUUUACUCAAUUGCUGUUAUCUAUGAUGAUAUCAAAUAAGUUAGAAAAAUUGUUAUUUGUUUGCAUGAUUUGUGUGAAUAUGAUAAUAAUUUUUCGUGAAUAAUUUUUGAUGAUUAUCAAUAAUUUUAUCAUUGAUGCUUUAAUGAUAUAAAAAUCAUCAUUAUAAUUGCAAUUGUGGUUGAUAAUCAUUAUUCAUAAUUAAUCUGAUGAUUUUUGUAAUACAUAAUGCAAUUUUCGAUUUCAUCGUUGAUGCAUUAUUUAGAUAAUAAUCAUCAUUAUAAUUGAUUAGUGUGGAAUCAUUUGUCACUAUUAAUCUUAAAUUUAUAUUUUUCGCUAUGUUGGUUUAUAUUCAUCAUUAAAUAUCAAUGAUAAGAAAUUCUAAAAUUCCUAUAAAAUAUUUUUAUCAAAUUAACUUCGACAUUUCAUUCAUACAACGAAUCUCUAAUCACUUCUUCAUGUCUGAUUGUUUCUCUCUACGGCCUAAAUGUCAUCCUAAAAUCAAAUUUGUUUCUUAUAAUAGUUAAUAGUUCUUCAUUAACAUUGAACAAACCCUUUAAUGGGACUAUACUUUAGCCUAACUUCACUGACUCUAACGCGUACUAACGUUUUUUAUAUUCCAAAUACCAGUAAGAUUUACGAUUCGUCAAAAAUAUCGUAUACGAUAUUUUAAAUAUUGAAACCGUGUUCAAACGAUUAUGUUAACCUAAAAAUUUUGCGUU